AGUGAUCAAAAAUCAUCCAUGAAACUUGGUGCAGUUAAUCAGUCUGUUUAGUAUCGGUUGAUGGUGUUCUGUAGGAAAUUAUAGUAUCAUUUUAGAUAUCAUCAUUAUUCAUUACAAAUUGGCAUGGAUCCCAACCAGACCCAAAACGUCUACUAUGAUUAUUUGUACACAAUAAAUCCAAUUGCAGAACGCAUACGCAAGGAUGUUGACGCUACCAAGGAUGCGUAUCAAUCGUUAUGGCUUGAGCUAACUGUUGACGAACAAAACAAAAUACUGGAAGAAUCAAUUAUCAGUCCAGAAACUGUAUUGAAAUAUUCAAAAUACAAAAAUUCAGAUAAAAAAAUGUCUGAAGGUGGAUUUUCUUGGUUUACCAGAAGUCAGUUGGAUCUGUGCAAACAUAUUGAUAUUGUCCGAGAGAACUUCACUGCAAAUGAAUGCAAAGCUACAGUUGUGAAACGAAUAGUAACCAAAGAACCCCAAGACAACAAACUCAUCAGUAAAAUAAAAUCUAACGCUCUGUUCAAAUCGCUAAUGCCAACUGAAGACAAAAAUAAAGGUGUGAAAAGUGAUAGGACAAAGCCUAAAUGCCCUCCUCCGCCACCACCGCCACCACAAGUCAUAAAUCCUAAGCAAACAAUUCAAGAUUCAACAUAUGAUAUUCUUAAUGAUGAUGACGAUGACAUUCCAAAGACAGGAUUUGAUUUUUUAGAUAAUUGGUAACAAUUUACUAUAUAGUAUGUGGACACAAUAUAAAGCAAUAAAAAAUUGAUUUGCCAGCCAGUUUCAUAA